CAAUUCCCCAGACCGUACCAGCCUCUUACAAUUUCCCCUCCAGACCUCCAUCCCCCAGUCCGAUAAACCUUUCUCCUCUAGUUAUCUUUCUCUCUCAGACUGUUAUAUUUACCUUACUACAAAGAUGAGCUCACGCCAUGACGGCUCACCCACUGGAUAUCUCCCCAAUAUGGGCCAGUCUACUGCACCAAUCAUCCCUUCAGGAGGCCCUCCUCCACUGUUUCACCCAAGCAGUGUGGGGUCCAUGAGUCCAUCUUCUCCUCCACCUCAUAAAACCCUCAUCUUGCAUCGUGGUCUACUCCCAGGGGAGCUUUACUCCGACUAUGGUUACUCCAACCAGGAUGUUGAUUUUGCCGCACACGGUGUACCUCCAUCUAUACCACAUUUUGUUUAUUACAACCUUCCUCCACCUUCCGAACCUCAUCCUCCAGCCUUGACCACAAACAACCAGUUGCCGGCUUUCAAUCCCACUCCUGCUGAAAGUGCUCCGUCUAACACUACUGGUGCCCAUCUUACCAACUCCGAAGUCCGCAACUCUACUACUUCCGAAAUUUCUCCCAGCUUGCCACCCCCAUUAAGCAUUUUUGAAAACACUCCAUCUCAGACAUACUCUCGACCUGUUUUGAGUUCUGCUCCAUCCCAUUGCACCCCAUCUCAAACUUCCCGUUCAUGUCGUCCCCUCCCCAAAAGUAAAGCACCACGUAAAGCCAACAUUACCCGGAAAAAAAAAACGGCUUUGACUCAAACUGCAAUCAAUCCGCAGCCAAGUAACCCCAUACCAGAUCCCCCCCCUCCUGCCGGACCUCUUGCAGACCUUCAUGAUCGCCAAAGCAAAAAGCGCAAAUGCUUGACUACGACCGACUCCAACCAACCUGAGGCGCAAUCGGAGGAAGCGUUACUGAAGCUCAGCGAGGCACAGUUGGCGAUCCAGGCCCGAAAAACCUCCAAGCGAGCGAUGUCCGAUGAUGACCGCGACUUCUUCGCCGAGUACCAACACUACUUGCGCAAACUCCUGAUCAUUCGGGCAAUUGAGCGUGGGGUUUCAAUGCCCAUGGUAGAUGGCUUUUUAGGAAAGCGAAUGGUAAUCAAGCAACCGACACCUUGGAAUAACUUCCAGAAGACCAAAGAGGCCCGUGAUAUUUUUCGAGGACAACCAGAUGGUGUAGCCAAGAAGAAUGGAAUGUUGGAGGUUUCGUCAAAAUGGCACGGGCUGUCGGACGAGGAGAAGCUCGAGUUUGCAAAGUGUGUUCGAUCGGUUGGCUCCAAUGCAAGACCGGCCAACACCGAGGGGACAGGAAACAAUCCAGACGAGGUUGAUGACGCGGAUGAGAUUGACGCCGCUGGUGAGGUAUCUAUGCGACAGACCGUUUCUCUUAAGCGUGCUGCCGAUCAAGUCCAGAAUUUCAUGGACGAUUGGGUUGCUCGGGCUGUCCAUAUUGCCAAAACUACAAACUGUGAGAUGGUGAUGUUUGCUGUUUCCAGACAUCUUGGAAGCCAUGCCUUUCAGCUGGCCAAAUGGACUCAUGGGGCUACUCGGUUCGUCACUGGUGCCAAGGCUCUGGAUGGCCUGAAACACUACCCUGCUCGAAUGCAAGCUUACCUCACUGGAUACGAGGUUGCCCAGGUAGCUAAGAUUAACAGCAAGAAAGGCUGUGCGGUUAAAAAACAUCCUGUCUCAAUCAGCAAGCGCAUGGCGGCCCUGAUCGAGGAAAAGACACAGGGGACAAUGGUCAAAUGGCCAUGGACGAAGACUGAGAAGAAACUUGCACGGAUGAAGUUCCGACUGGAACUGCUCCCUGGUGCGAGGAGCAAACGGGAAUGGCUCAUGGAGCCCAGUCGUGGUCUUACUUCGGCCCCGGAGGCCACACUACACAACGACUUAGAUAAGAAGUUAAUUGAGUUGGUCUAUGACCCAACCAUACCCGAUGAUCCCAGCUCUAAGCCUACUGCUCGUGGUCGCCGCAGACAACCUCCGAGCGGGUCUCGAAAAGGUCGUCGCAGUGGACCUUUGAGUGGUUCUUCCACUAUUGGCAGCCCAAAAUCUCAACAAACUAUGUCGGAUGUAUCCAACAGCCCAGCAUCUCAACGAACAAUGUCGGAAGAAUCCGACAUAGACCAUGAAAGCGAUGUCAGCCAUCGAAGCUUGGAUGAGAGUGACGAGGAAGAUGAUGACGACAACGAAUGAACAAAUUGUCAAUUGCUUCUAUCUUGAGAGUAUAUUGCUCUUCAUCUCUUCCUUCUAGUAAUGGUGUCUAUCUAUAUUGCUUCCUUCUGUCUCAAACGCUUGCACCGAGUUGGCCUGUUGUCUGUUGCCACUCUUUCCCUUGGUCCUGUUGUAUGUUGCUUCUGUCUCAAACACUUGCACCAAGUUCGACUUUUGUCUAUCACCUCUAUCGC